UUUCUUUUUUCUCUUUCUUUUCCUUCUUUCGUUCCAUCGAGCGAAAAAAAGGAAUGGAGAAACGGGGUGGGAUUACAACGCGUUACACGUUCGCGAGAUAAAUCUGCGCUAGAAUAGAGGGGCACCGUUUUGGCGGGGACGUGAAUAUUUGAUAGGUUUGAAAGGGAAGAAGGAUUAAAUUGGCGUUUCAGAGGAACGAUCGUUUUAUGUAGAAAGAAACGAAGCGAGGAAGUGAGAGGUGUGGAAGAUCACGUUCUUCUGGUAUAAUGUAACAAUGUUCACCGACGAAUGGCCUGUUAAAUCUAGCAAAACCGCGAUUAUAGCAGAGCAACGAUCGUCCGUUUUUCUCUCCCUACCGAAAGCAACGAUUCAUUGCUUAAAUCUCUUUCCUUUUAAUAUUUAUUUCGUUUUGAUCAAAGAAAAUAUGUAUAUAUGAAUCUCUGUCUAGAAAAAAGAAAAGGCAUCUUUCAUCUUUUCGUACGAUCCGGUCAGGCAAUUUUACAAUUACGUAAAAUCAGAUCGAUCCUCCCCGAACAGGAGAUUCUCUGCUGGCGUACAUCAACCGCCAAGCAGCCGUAUCAGAAGACAUAUAUAACAAUCGAGCGUGAUGAACAGCGGCGUGAACUCGUUCCUUUCAUUUGCGCCUGGGGAAAAAAGCAACGUUUCACACGUACAUAUAUAUAUACGCGCACACGUGUAUGGAUACGGAGAAACAGAGAAAGGAAGGUUGCUCGCACGAUUCGAAUUAAUUGCAAUGGUUUCGUGGACGUUAAUAGCGGUCGAUUAGACGUUUGGAGAAUAAAAUAAAAUAAAAUACAAACGUUUGACGGCGAAACGUUUCUUCGUUGAAACAAAAUCUCUAUCCCUUGCGGGAUUUCGGAUUUUUUUCGGGGCAAGAUUUCGGGGAGCAAUACAAAUAGCGCGAGCUUGUGAGAGAAUUGAUUCCCGAUAAGCGUUUACUCGUCCCAUUCGCUCGAUCGCCUCAAUAACUAACCCGUUCGAGAACUCGCCUCUUUAAAAGGGCGUUCAAUCUCAGGUCCAUCUUUCCUUUCCACCGAAAAUCGCCGACAAAAAUCACGGAAUCCUUCGAUUCGGCGUUGUUGCAGCGACAAUUAACGCUCGCGGUCGGCCCCCUCCCCUCCUCUCCUAUGUGGACGCCGCCGUAUCCUUUCCCUCUCCCUCCCUGCUUUCCGAAGUUCAAUAACACUUGUCACCACCGUUCAAAUCCGUAUCGUCCGUCGAGCAACGAGCAACAAAAGCUGCUCGCGUGCUCGUCUUUCUCUCUUCGAUCGGGGGAGGGGGCGAGAGAGAGAGAGAGAAAGAGAAAUAAAAAGGAAGGAGGAGAAGGGUAAAGUAAAAAAACUUUGGAGGAGGAAAGAAGGAAGGAAGGAAGGAAAGAAAGAAAGAAAGAAAGAGAGCGUACGCGCAAGAAAGCGUGGCUCGAUAUUAAUAAACGGAGCGGAGCAGCGAAGAUAAUCCGUCGAUGCGUCAUCCUCGACGCAAAAACAAAAGGCGGGCUGAGAGAGGCGUGCGAGUAGUAUAUCCGCGUAUGGUAGAAAACGGGCUGCGUUAGCACGGCCGCCCCGUGCUGGAUAAACGAAAGAAUGGAAUAAAGAGCGAGAUACUGGCGCGCCCUACGUAUUAUACAAGGACAACAUGGAGAGACCCCAGGGGCAAUGGGGCCCCGGGCCGGGAUCUCUCCAGGACGGGGGGCUGUACCCGCAGCAACAGCAACAACAGCAACAGCAGGGCUCCUCCUCGUCCGGCAGCCCACAGCAGGCCUGUGGUCCCCCUGUCGAGGGAGAAAGCGGUCCCCCGCCUUCGUUGGCCUCUCCCGUGCCCUCACCGUACCCCUCGGCACCGCCUGAGCCUCAAGCCUUAACCCCACCCGACGACGAUAUACAAUCGAAUCAAGCCACCUCUCAACAGCAGCAGCAACAGCAGCAGCAGCAACAACAGCAGCAGCAGCAGACGCAGCAACAAGUGCAGCAGCAGCAGCAGCAGCAACAGCAGCAGCAACAACAGCAGCAGCAGCAGCAGCAAGUUCAACAGCAGCAACAGCAGCAACAGCAGCAACAACAGCAGCAGCAGCAACAGACGCAGCAACAGGACCACUCGCCCCAACAACAGUUAACCCCUCACGAGGUGGAUCGCGCGGAUUGUUUCCCAGGGGCGGGAGAGCUGCAGCAGUAUCCGCAGCACUACUUCAAGGAUGCCAGGCCGCAUCCGUCGCCGUCGGUGCCACCGCACAUGCUGACCCCGGGUGGUUUCUCCGCGUUGCACUAUCUGAAGCAGCCGGGCGUGAUGCUCACGUCCCUCGGGCAGGGGGACGGUGGACCCAGCCUGGACGCGCACCAAUACGCGAGCCCCGGGGCACCGAACAUGGCGACCGGGCUGCCGGACAUCGUCCAGCAGAGCGGCAAGUCUGGGAAAGGGGCGAACAGCGACCUACGUUUGUUCAAGUGUUUGACGUGCGGGAAAGAUUUUAAGCAGAAGUCGACGUUGUUGCAACACGAGCGGAUCCAUACGGACAGUCGGCCAUACGGGUGUCCAGAGUGCGGGAAGCGGUUCAGGCAACAAUCGCAUCUAACGCAGCACCUGCGCAUACACGCGAACGAGAAGCCGUAUGCUUGCGUGUACUGCGAGCGUACGUUCCGGCAGCGUGCCAUCCUCAACCAGCAUCUGCGCAUCCACUCGGGUGAGAAGCCAUACCAAUGUCCGGAGUGCGGAAAACACUUCCGUCAGAAGGCGAUCCUGAAUCAGCACGUCCGCACACACCAAGACGUGAGUCCGCAUCUAAUCUUCAAGAAUGGGAUGACGCCGACACUCUGGCCCCAGGACGUUCCGUUUCCGCAGGAGGAGGGGAAGGAGGAGGUGGGAUCGACGUUCGGCGACACGGACACGCAGUCGGGCGCGUUCAGCCCGGCGCCGGACGCCAACUCGAUCCAGUAUCCCGCCUACUUCAAGGACCCGAAGGGCGGGAAUCACGCGGUUUUCGGUGCGGGUGGCACGGGCAGCUUCGGCGCCCUCCAGUACAUCAAGCAGCAAGGCGGCAGCAAGAGCUGUCUGCCGGACGUGAUACAGCACGGCCGCUCCGCGGGCAUGCCGUUGUACGUUCGGUGCCCGAUCUGUCAGAAGGAGUUCAAGCAAAAGUCCACGUUGCUGCAGCACGGGUGCAUACACAUCGAGUCGCGGCCGUACCCUUGCCCCGAGUGCGGCAAGAGGUUCAGGCAACAGUCCCACUUGACCCAACACCUUCGCAUCCACACCAACGAGAAGCCGUACGGGUGCGUGUACUGCGGCCGUAACUUCCGCCAGCGCACCAUCUUGAAUCAGCAUCUGCGCAUCCACACGGGCGAGAAGCCGUACAAGUGUCAACAGUGCGGCAAGGAUUUCCGCCAGAAGGCGAUACUGGACCAGCACACGCGCACCCACCAGGGCGAUCGGCCCUUCUGCUGCCCCAUGCCCAACUGUAGGCGACGCUUCGCCACCGAGCCCGAGGUGAAGAAGCACAUCGACAACCACAUGAAUCCGCACGCGGCCAAGGUGCGCAGGAACUCGAGCAGCGACUCCAAGCCGCCCGGCACGCCGGCCGGUCUUGGCCCCGUCCCCGUCCCCAGGGGGUUGACGCCGACCGUGGUCAAGCCGGAGCUCUACUUCCCCCAAUGUUACGCGCCCGCGUUUAAUCACCAACCCCCGGUGUCGACGGCGCAGUUCCCGGCACAGGCGAACGGGGUGUCCGUCGCCGGCGAGUUCAAACCACCGACCGGCCUGCCGCCGCAGUGACUAACCGUCCAUCCUGCCGCCUACUAGCAAGCAGGAAUACCGCUGAGGUUUCAGCGAUGCUUCGGUCACGCGUUACAGAGCGACGCCGCCGCCGCCGCCGCCGCAGCAGCAGCAGCAGUGACCGCCGCAACGACGUCGUCCAGUGCCGCGACGCACCGAUGCACCCAGCCGAUCCAGCAACACUACCCGUGACAUUUAUCGUGCAUUUACUAGCCUCUUUCUUUUCGUUUCAAGGUUCGCUUCGUUUCCUCGUUCCAUUGGUCCGCUCAGCCUCGGAACGCGUCGCCAGCUAGUCAUCAGCUCGACGAUGAUCGACACACCGACUUGUAUAUAUAUAUAUGUAUAUAUACACGUUUUCGACCCGCCGUGUCUCUUUCUAUUCUAGUUCGAUUCGUCGUUGGGUGUUGUGUGCGCGUGUAUAUGCGAGUGUACGAGUGUGACAUGUUGACGCACGUCGAUCGCGUUUACUCUUAUUAGAUCGUGCGACCUCGUCCGACCAGUGUGGUCCGUUUCCACUCGUGCGGUCCUCGCCCCGACCCUCUCUCCGUCAACGCGACCCAAACGCAUUCGCGCGUUCGAGCUCGCCCAGAGAGAGAGAGAGAAACACCUCCUCCGCAAUUGCUCUUCGAUUUUUAAUCACCGAUCAUCGUCGUCUCGGCCGACGAGAGAAUACGCCACGUUCGUCCCUGUAUCUGUCAUUGAUUCCGUUCUGCGGACAGAGAGAUUCUGUUUUACGGAGAGAAUGAGAGAAAGAGAGAGAGAAAGCGAGAAUGAGAGAGAUUGAAAGAGAAGAGAAAGAGGGAAGUAGAAUGGAAAAUGGAAAUACAAGGGAAAUACGUGGCAAGUGACACGCGCCAAGUCACGAACGGAGCGAGCUACGCGAUUGCAAAUAGGUUUCGGGAGAGAAAGAGGUCGGUGGUUGCGGAAAGACGGGGGAGUCGUUGUGUCGUUCACCGUCGAGCUGAUCGCUGGCGCCAGAAAAAUGGUGACUCAACCAACGAAGAAUCUCGUCUAUUCCCCCAUACGUAUUUUUUAUAUAUUAAUGAAUUAACGACGUACCUUCUCGCGUUUUUUUCGUGGAUGAAGCGAAUAGCUCGAGAGAGUUCGGUGGUUCCGCGCGCGCAAGGCAGGCAGGCCGUCCGAGGUGUCGUUCGUCACACACCGCUCACACACACACAUACACAUACGUACAUACAUACGCAUACAGAAACACGCGUAUACACACACACGAGUAUACAUAAGAGUGCGCACAUACGGAUCAGUCACACACGAUACACGAUACGAAGAAUACAUGCACACGUACGUCGUAGUGACAAACUCGUAUAUAUAUAUAUAUAUAUUCGGGAUAUGUGUUUCGUCAAAAAAAAGGAAGGAGAAAAAAAAAACGUGCUCGUACACACGGGUUCGAAGAUGUUCGAUUCGACGACCAGAUUAGAAGCAAAAACGUAACAAAAUAAAAUAAAACAAAAUAAAAUAAAAUAGAAUAAAACGAAACAAAACAAAAAAGAAAAAACAAAAAACAAAAAAAAAAUUGAUAACGAUUGUGAUACGAUAUCUAACUUGCCUAUGUUUAAAUGAAACAAAAGAUGGAGAAAGGAGGAGGAACAAAAAAAAAAAAAAGAAAGAGAAAGAAAAAGGGGGAAAAGAAGAAAGAGAAAAAGAGAAAGAGAUAUACGUGAUGGGAGGAAGAUACGUUGCCUCGAGAGGGAGGUGAAUACACGACCACGAGAAGAAUGCCUGUAAAUAUGUAAAGCCGUUCACUCCGACGAACAAACAAAACCGAGUGGAGGAGAAAGAAAAAAAAAAAAAAUGUUGAAAUGGCGCGAAAAAGAGCGAGCAAGAGAGUGCGUGUUUGGUCGCAUGGAUACUGCGUGGAUGCUGCGUGGAUUCUCGUGUGUGAAUGAGAAAAUGGAAACAGAGAGAGAGCGAGAGCGAGAGAGGGAGAGAGAGAGAGAGAGAGAGAGAGUUGGGAGUGCGCGCGUGCAGAAUCGAGGGUGAAACGAAGAGAGACGAAGGGUAUAGGAGUGGGUAAAAUCGCUGAAGGAUACGAGAGAGAUCGGAGGGGGGAAAAAAAAUGAAAUGAAGAAGAAAGAAGAUGCGGGAGACGAAGAUAUGAGAGAGAGAGAGAGAGAGAGGGGAGAAGAAAGCAGAAGAUAGAAGCAUGGAUGUAAAAGAAGGGUGAGAGAAAAAUGUGUGCGUGUAUGUAUGUGUGUGUAUGAGAGAGAGAGCGAGGGCGAGCGUAAGAGAGGGAAAGAGAAGAAGAGAGAUUAGGUAGGAUUUACGAGGACGGCGUAUCCCCCCAGAGUGCUGAGCCAUAGCUUUUCGGGGUACGGCAAGUUGACGAUGACGAUAGUUGCGCGAGGGGAGGGGUACGACUCUUGUAUACUAUAGUAAUAUUUGAAUGUAUAUUUAUACGACAGGUUAUAUUAUUCUAUUAACUAUAAUGAUGAUAUUUUGAAUCGGUUUUAAAAUCAGAUUGGUGCUGAACGUAACACUAGGUAAGCGACACAAAGCAAAACGAGAAAAAAAAAAAAAACGAAAGAGGAGGGAACGUGGAAGAAGGCUGAGACACCGUAGAGUAGCGUAAGUAGGGUAGUCGAUAGAGUAGAGCUCGAAAGGGGAGUAUAAGCCGUGGGUAAAAAAAAAAAAGAGGAAAAAAAAGACUUUCGAAGGACCCUCGUCAAGUCCGCUCAUCCGGAACUUAAUAAUAAUAAUAAUAUUAAUAAUAAUACUAAUAAUAAUAAUAGUAAUAAUAAUAAUUAUAAUUAUAAUAAUUUACGCAAUUAUCAUCACAUCAACCGGUGAACAGAAGCAAAAAAACGAAAGCAGAGAAAGAAGGAGAAGAAGAAGAAGGAGAGGAAGAAGAAGGAGAAAAAAGAUUGAAGCAAAACAGGAAUAAACGUUUCGUGGCAAUACUUAAAAAAAUACGAUACGAUACGAAAAAUGGGGAAGAAAGAGAUACAUAACACGAACACAAAAGAACACACACAAAAUAUUGAAAAAAAAUUUCAACGUACUAGAGAAUAGUCUUUUAAAUUUCUAUAUUAAGACGUGUGAUCUCUCUAAUUAUUGUACAUUAUAUAUAUAUUAUAUAUAUUAUAUAUAUAUAUAUAUAUUAUAAUGAUCUAUACCUAUAUAGAUGACGAGAUGCAUAAGUAUAUGAUUACGAUUAUACGUAUAUUAGGCGUUCUACAGUUAGUCUUUUAUCAUUUAGACACAGAGAUGAUCUGAAGAUGAAUAAUUGUGCGGCCAUAUUCUCUGUGGCCUGUUUGUAGUGCCUCGGAAUUGCUGCUCGCGGCAGUGAUUUGACCGUAUUUUAGGAUGGUAUAUUAAUAAUUAUAUUGAGAAACUGCAAUUAUCGAUACUCUGAUACAGUACUAAAAGGCGGGAAAGGAAAAGAAAGAAAAAGUGGGACUGAGAGGAAAGAGGAGGAAGAAAAAGAGAGGAGGAGGAGAAAAAAA